AUGGCCCUGCCACUCUCCGUGCCACAGGCUCUCCAAGGCCUCGUUGAGGGACCGGUACACGCCUGCAAGGAGCAGCAGCCCGAGGUAGCCCGCAGGUCCGUGACGUCCAUCGCUUUCACUUGCCGGCUGUGGCGGCGCCACGAUGCCAAUCAAGCAGUUCCACGCGGCGCCGACGUGACGGUGGACGAGCAGCUGGUGCCCUUUCGAGGUCGCUGCGCCUUCCGCCAGUACAUGCCCAGCAAGCCCGCCCGGUACGGACUCAAGUCGUGGGUGGCCUGCGACGCCGGCUCCAGCUACGCAUGGCACAUGCAGCUCUACACGGGCAAGUCCGUGAGCGGCACGCCCGAGAGGAAUCUGGGCGCCCGUGUGGUGCUGGACCUGACCGAGGGCCUGAGGGGCCCACGUAACCCCGAGCUGCCGGGGGCGUUGCUCGCCACCAAGGGCCGUGCGGUCUUCUCGUCCAAGUUUGCCUUCACGCCCGUCGCCACUCUGGUGUCCUACGUGCCCAAGAGGCACAGGAACGUGGUGCUGCUGAGCACGCUGCACACGGGGGAUGCGCGCGUCGGCGCCGGCAGGCAAGCCAAACCCGACAUCAUCCUCCACUACAACCACACCAAGGGCGGCGUGGACAACCUGGACAAGCUCGUGGGCACGUACAGCUGCGCAGAACCCACAACAAAUCCUCGACUGUCCGCUACAAGCUUUGUGCUGUGGCGAGAGCUCAGGCGAGUGGAUGCGCGGCAAGCUCAACAAGAGGAGGGCGUUCCUGAGCAGUUGGAAGGGCUGUGA